AACUUGCCUCAAAGUGACCAGUUUAAAGCCGAGAACAUAAUCCUCAUAGAACAUAUGCCUGGUCCCAAGGAGUCUAAAACUGAUGAGAUAAAUAAUUAUCUUGAGCCAAUGGUAGAUGAGUUAAUACAGCUGUAUUGUGGGAUAAGAAUCCCAACAUUCAAGUCUCCUGCUGGCGAAGUGAUUCGUGCUGCAUUGAUGAUGGUUGCCUGCAACAUCCCAGCUGCCAGAAAGACCAGCAGAUUUACUUGCAACCGUCAUUUCACUUGCCUUGACAGCACAAACAAGGUUGAUUUCUGUGGAUUGAAAGAGUCUGAGUGGUGUCAUCGCAACUGUGAGAAGAAUAGGCUGCAUGCUGAGGAGUGGAAGAACGCAGUUACCAUCUCAGAAAGGCAGCAUCUAGAAAUCAAAAAUGAUGUUCGAUGGUCGCAGUUGCACCGCCUUGGAUACUUUGAUCUAGUAUGUGGAACAAUCAUUGAUCUCAUGCACAACCUAUUCUUG